AAGUCUGUGGCGUUGUCUCGCUGCUGGAAAGGUGGGGGGGCAGCCGCGAGGGGAUGGCGUGGGUCCCUUACAGCUACCUGUGGGAGAGGGCCGCGCGUACGCGGCGAACUUUAAAAGAAGAGGAGGGGGCGCGCGAGUGGAACCGCGCGUGAGCGCGCUUAACGGCUAAUAACGACCGGAGAAGCCGUGCUGUUGGAAGCGCGCGCUCGCGCGCGCGCCUGUGGACUCUGACCGUUCUGUUUCUACGAGGAGAGCCCGCGGCAGUGACAGCGGCCGGAGGCUCGUGCCACACCCCCUCCGGGAUCCGGACGGGCCGCGGGAAAACCGAGGCGCAGGGGGGAAGAAAUGGCGUCGUCGCCGGUGGCCGUCGAGGCGGCCCGAGAGCCGGGGAAUAACGGUGCCGGUCAGUCGGAGCAAGAGCGGUUGCUGCGACGCGGGGAGCGGCUGGCUCUGGGCAACCACCUAAAAGAGGCUCUGGAGACGUACUCGGCGGCUCUGCGCCUCGGUCCGCCGCCCACCUCGAGCUUCCGCCGCCGACUGAGCACGCUGGUGGACUGCCUGGUGGUGCACUAUCGCCUCAGGCAGCGCGGGCAAAAAGCGGGAGCGGCUGGAAACUCGCCGGAGAAGCAAGAAGGAGAGGAGCUGCAGCCGCCGGCUCUGGGCGGCCGGGCAGAAAAUGACGGAGCGGCGGCAGGGGCGCUUUUCAGCUGCUGCGGCUGCCGGAGCUUCUUGGCCGAGCCGGUAACGGCGCCGUGCGGGCACACCUACUGCCGCCGCUGCCUGCGUGAGGAGCUCCGUGCCCGCUGCCGCCGCUGCGGGGAGCCGCUUGGGGCGCCGUCCGUCACUGUCGUCCUCAGUCAGGUGGCGGAGAAGUGGUUCCCGCAGGAGUGCGAGAGGGUGCGGGCCUGGCGCCGCCUGGGCGAACUGCUGAGGCACGGCCAGCUUCGGGAAGCUCAGGGAGCCGCCACUCGGGCCCUCCUAGAGGAUCCUAAUGACUUGAUGUUACUGCUUUAUAGAGCUGAAUCCUAUGCUGGACUCCAAGAAUUUAAAUCUGCCCAGGAUGACCUGAACACUAUUGCUACUAAAAUGCCAAAUUGGCCUGAGGUCUACUUCAGAAGAGCAAAAAUACUUCAUAAUGCUGGUUCUAUAGAUGAAGCCUUUCAGCUUUUUCUUCACUGCCUAGCACUUGAUGAAGGAUUUCUUCCAGCAAAGCUAGAAGUGGAGAAGAUGCUGUGUGAUUUGCUGUCACCAGAAAAUGUGAGAGAGGGUUUGAAGGAAUCUGCUUUGAAUUCAUCAUAUAUUCGAGGCAAACCAUUUAUUCAUGGUUCUGAAGCAGAAGAAUUUUGUUAUCAUUUACAGCUCCCUUCAGAGCCUGAUUUAGAAGUGCCACAGGUUAAAUCAGAGGCUAUUGGAAGAAGUCUUCAUCAUACACAGUCUGCUCAUUCUCUUAAUUCUACAGAAAAAAAUACCAAAGUUGGAUUAAAAAGAGUUUCUUCUGAACCUCUGCUUUGUAACCAAGAGAAAGGUGCUUUAUUAAAAAGGAAGUUGUCCCUUUCAGAACAAGAUGCCGCUGUUUGCGAAGAUGGAAAAAAUAAGCAUAAAAAACAAGGAGAAACUACAAAAAGGGAUACGGCCUUUUCACUGAAUCAUAGAACAGUUCCAAAGGACUUGAUUGAUGCAUCAGACUUCGAGUGUUCACUGUGUAUGAGGCUUUUCUUUUACCCUGUGACAACUCCAUGUGGCCAUACUUUCUGCAAGAAUUGUUUAGAACGUUGCUUAGACCACGCUGCUCAAUGUCCUCUCUGUAAAGAAAGCUUAAAAGAGUUUCUAGCAAGUAGAAAAUUCAGUGUCACACAGUUGUUGGAAGAAUUAAUAGUGAAAUAUUUGCCCAAUGAAUUAUCUGAGAGGAAAAGAAUUCAUGAAGAAGAAAUGGCUGAACAUUCAAACUUAACCAAGAAUGUUCCAAUCUUUGUUUGCACUAUGGCCUACCCAACUGUGCCUUGUCCUCUCCAUGUGUUUGAACCAAGGUACCGAUUGAUGAUUCGAAGGAGUAUAGAAACAGGGACAAAACAAUUUGGGAUGUGUAUCAGUGACCCCAAAAAUGGUUUUGCAGAUUAUGGCUGCAUGUUGUGCAUUAGAAAUCUUGACUAUCUGCCAGAUGGAAGGUCUGUUGUGGAUACUGUUGGAUUAAAGAGAUUCAGGGUUCUUCAAAGAGGGAUGAAGGAUGGUUAUUGCACUGCAGACAUUGAAUAUUUAGAAGAUAUAAAGGUACAGGAUGAAGAUGAAAUGAAGAAACUUGGGGAGCUUCAUGAUUUUGUAUACAACCAGGCUUGCAGCUGGUUCCAAAGCUUAAGAAACAAAUUUCGUAGCCAAAUACUUCAGCACUUUGGUCCAAUGCCAGAAGGGGAGGAAAAUAUACAGGACACAGCUAAUGGACCUGCUUGGUGUUGGUGGCUUCUAGCUGUUCUCCCUGUGGACCCUAGAUAUCAGCUCUCAGUGCUCUCUAUGAGGUCUUUGAAAGAACGCCUAAUAAAAAUUCAAGAUAUAUUGACAUAUUUCUCUAGAGACCAGUCCAAAUGACUAGCUACCUGGAUCUUACUGAAAUAUUACCCUGUUCUAGCUGUAACAGCAGCUGAGGGUUUUGCAGCAUUUGCACUUUUAGCGCUUAUGUGAGAACUAUCGGAACUGCUUUUCUUAUUUUCCCGUAUCAAUAGUUUUUCAAAUGGAUACCUUCAGCUUGAAGGAUGCCGCUAAAACUGCACAAAGAAAAAUCAAUCCAGCAACAAAAUAUGCGGAAAAAAUCUACUUCAUUUGCACUAUGUACAAGUAAGAAUGUACCCUAUGAUUUGAGUAUCUCUACUGACUACUUGGGUUCAGUGGAAAGUGCGGGAUUUAAAAAUGUCAGUCCAAGUUUACAAUGUUAAGAAUGCAUCCAAAAUCUUGCAAAUCAGAAUUUGCCUCAGAUGCAACACCCUGUUGCUAUUUGCACAAGUAUUUAAAAUGUUGUAUUAAAUGUUGCUAUAGCAAACUUCUCUUUGUGUCUUAACUAUAAAUAUGGUGCAAAUUAAAUUUUCUUGCAUAUUUCCUAAUAAAAAUGAUUGUAUAGAUUUGGAGCUAUGUCAAACAGUUUGAAGAAAUUUAAUUCAAGAAGUUAUUGAAAUUGUGAAUAUGUUGCCUGUAGGUGUGCUAGGCUGGGCACAGAUGACUGCUAGUGUGUGUCUUAAGGGUAGUUCAUCUGACCAUUUAAAAGAAGUCUCUCCAGUACAUGCUAACUCCAAGACUCACUGUACAAUCCUAUGGUUCCUGCUCACAGCCUUCAGAGGAGAGUUAACUUCUGAUCACCCCUAUGCCACCCCUUAUACAACCAUCCAUACCCCUAUCUCUUUGUGGAACUCUGGCACAGGAAAAAGGCAUGCUGAGGGCAAGGUGGCAGGAGCAGGUCCAGGAGAGGUCAUGGAUGCAAAGAAUUCAUAGCUCCUUUUUCCCCUGGCCUUGUUCCCAAACCAGCUUGCAAUCUAUUCCACCUCAGGAAUCCAGUGUAAUUUCAAUAAGAUGGGGUUAGUUGCAAGACAAAACCUGGCCAGGGCAGAGGGAAAAAAGUGUGAAUGCUAUUCUUCCCUCACUGCUGACCUGAUGGCAUUAACCCAGCAGGGCUUUGGAUAUAUUAAGACUCCAAUAUAGAUCUCUAUGGGAUGGAUAUGCUUGCCCUACCUAUGUACUAAGUAAUGAAUAUAGCAGUGAUUCCUAAACUUCUGUGCAUACCAACCAGACAAGUUAUUAAACUUGCAGAUUUGAAAAUCCAGUCGGUAUCUAUUUCUCUUAACUCUGUGAACUGACCAUGGCUCACAGUAUCCUUAUAGGCAUCUGAUGCGAACAUUUGGGAACUACUGAAAUACUAGACGUUUCACCAAUUUUUGAAACACUCGAGACACUUUUGGUGCAAACAAAACUUCUAUGCCUUACACAAAUUUAUUCAAAGGUUAGCAUAUUGCUUGCCAUUAGGUACUUUUUGUAGUUUCAGUUUGUUGAUGUCAGUCUUGUAUGUGAAUCAUUUUGUAAAAUUCUUUUCAAAUCUUGCUUUUGCUACUAUUUAAUUUUCAAUAAACCUACACUUAUAUUUUUCUUAAACUA